UGCUAAGGCACGGGCCCCGUGGGCCGUAGAGACGACAUUAUUGGUGUCGUCCUCUCCCCCCUUCCCGGGGGUCGAGAUGUCGGGGCUGAGCUGCCCAGAGAUGGAGGGCUGUCGUAACCUGCUCGGCCUACUGGACAACGAUGAGAUCAUGGCCCUAUGCGACACCGUCACCAACCGCCUGGUGCAGCCUGAGGACCGGCAAGAUGCCAUUCGUGCAAUUUUAGUAUAUAGUCAAAGUGUAGAAGAACUUCUGAGGCGUAGAAAAGUCCACCGAGAUGUCAUAUUUAAGUACUUGGCAACACAGGGAGUUGUUAUACCUCCAGCUACUGAAAAACACAAUCUUAUUCAAUAUGCAAAAGAUUACUGGGAAAAGCAAUCACCACUGAAAUUAAAGGAAACACCAGAGCCAGUUAUGAAGACAGAGGACAUCCAACUCUUUCAACAGGCAAAAGAAGAUAAAAAAGCUGAAAAGGUUGAUUUUCGUCGCCUGGGAGAAGAAUUCUGUCACUGGUUCUUUGAACUUCUUAAUUCUCAGAAUCCUUUUCUGGGACCACCUCAAGAUGAAUGGGGUCCACAGCACUUCUGGCAUGAUGUCAAGCUUAGGUUUUAUUACAACACAUCAGAACAAAAUGUGAUAGACUACCAUGGAGCAGAAAUCGUGAGCCUUCGUUUGCUGUCACUAGUGAAGGAAGAAUUUCUUUUCCUCAGCCCCAACCUAGAUUCCCAUGGACUGAAAUGUGCUUCUUCUCCCCAUGGGCUAGUUAUGGUUGGAGUUGCCGGGACUGUCCACCGAGAGAACACUUGUUUGGGCAUUUUUGAACAAAUUUUUGGACUCAUUCGGUGCCCUUUUGUGGAGAAUACUUGGAAAAUCAAAUUUAUCAACCUAAGAAUUGUUGGAGAGGGUUCCCUUGCUCCUGGAACAUUACCGAAACCAACUAUUAGAUUUGAACAAAGUGAUCUAGAGGCCUUUUAUAACGUAAUCACAUUAUGUGGUACCAGUGAAGUACACCUUAAUGUAAAGCAGUCAUUGGAUAGUGGAACUGGAGACCAAGCUUUAUGUAGUGGAAAUGAGGCAUUGAUGAACAAAAGAGAACUGAGUUUACCUAACCUUCUAAAGCAUUGAGCCCUGUAUGUCAGCCUAAAAGUCUUCUAUACAGAAACUCUUCUAAAUAUUAUAUCGGUAAUGUGUAAGUGUGUUCAGAUGUGAAGAUGGACAUAUUUUAGUUGAAAUACCUUUCUGGACUACAGAUUGACAUGUUAUGUGAAUAUUUGCCUAUUUCUACUUGAGUUGCACCAAAUUUUCUGAGGGCAUAAUGCAGUUCAUCAAAUAAAUCCCACUUUAGAUGUUAUAGCUAACCAUGUGCCUUAGAAACCAGGUAAUAUUUUCACUUUACUUAUGAAUAUUCUGCUAUUUUUUAUUCCCACUUUUCAUGUGGGAAAAGAUUAAUAGUGUUUAAGACUUUCCCUCUUUAAGUUUCUUAUUUACUUUUAUCUAAGUCUGGAUAAUUGGAUAUUUUGCAAAUGCAUCUCACUACAGUAAUUUUUUUUUAGACUAUUAAAUAUUUUAGAGAUGUUUAAUGUAAACUCAAAGUUCUCAUUUUAGAAAACUUGAAUGACAUUCUUAUGCAAAAAGUCCAGUAAUUUACCAGGUGGAGAAAAAUUUAUUGCCUCUUUAAUAUUUGAGGAACAUUUUUCAGUUAUCUGUUGUAGUACAAGCUAAAUAUCUUUUAUAGUCUGCAUCAUUUUUGGAACUAUUUUGGGCAGUGGUAAAUGCUGUUCUCAAAACAGACCUUAUUCUUACCUAGGCUUCAGCUAACAUCAUAUAUGUAACAUCAUAUAAAGGAAACAUAGUGUUGAAAUUUUAAAGGUGUACCUAAUUCCUGACUUUUAGAUAAAUUACUGUUCUUCAUCUUGAUUGAUCUUGGCAAAGGUGAACAACAACAACAAAAAAACCUCAACCCCACAAAUUUAUAACAUGGGUUUUCAUACAUACAUAUGUAUACAUAUACCCCUACCUCAUAACUUAGAAUUAUUAGCAGUUUUUCACCUCUAAUUUGUGUUACUAGGUUUGAGUUACAAGGUUGAGUUGCCACCUGCAUUACAUAGUUGCUUUAAAGUUUAAAUUCCUCAUUACCCAACAACUAUUUGCUGAUUCUGGAUUUAGUUAGUAAUUUUAUAAAAGUACCAUUUGGAAAAAAAAAUUAUACUGGAAAAUGCUGUGAUGAUGUAUUGUACAUGUUACUUUUUACAUAUAAUUCUGCUCAGAAUCAUCUAGGGAGACUGAUAAGAAUUUUGGAAGCAGGAGGAAAAGACUCAUCUUUUUGUUUUUUUAAUGCCAUGCCUCUUAUGAGGAGUACAAAUUGAUAUGUCCUAAAAUAAGAACUUAAUAAAGGAGGGAAAUCAUUUUUGUCUGCUUUAAGAAUAGUGUAUUGUUUAGAUUUAAUUUACACUUGUCUUGUUCUUAGAUAAAGUUUUAGGCAUUUAACCAAAAUAAAGCAAAUUUUACUGCUAGUUAGACUAUAAGUGUGAUAUAAUUAGAUAUAAAGAAAACAGAAGUUUGCAAAAAGUUGCCUCUUAUACUUUUGUAAGGUACUCGGUCAGGUCACCAGUCUUACCUUUACCUAUCCUAUAGCUCUGCUUGGGUUUUAAAACCAAGUUAUCUUUUUUUUCCUUAAGCUGGAAUUAUCAUUGUAAUGUGUAAUAGAUAAAUAUCCUAAGGAUAAAAUUAAAACCAUUUCUGUCUGUCUCUUUGCGCUGUUGCUGUCAAAUACUGUAGAAGUAUUACUACACAUGUUCAGAAUAGGCAGAGAUUGCCUCUAGCUAUCUUUCAGUAUUCAGUUUUUGAAUUUGUAUAAACCCUAAACAAUGCUGCAAUCUCUGCACAUAGUUUUAAUCAAUCUUAAAAAUUUGAAAUCUUCUUGAGGGUUAGGGCUGUGUUUUAUUUCAAGUGAAUCCCCACACAUGGGCACAUAGAGCUUAAUGUUGGAGUGAAUGGGUGAAUAAAUGAGCAAAAAGAAACAUACUGUGAGAAAGGCCUUUCUGCGUCUAGGUUUUAUUUUUGGUGCUUCUUAUCAGUGGUGGUUUUUUGGUCAUGUAGUCUGUUUUAAUUUCAUAUGUGGAUACACAGAAACUUUUAAAGUAACUCAGAUUUGGGAAAACUGCACCAAGCUUAAAAUCCCAAGGUCAGUGAAUUAUACCUUGAAGGGCCUAAGGCUACCUAGAAAACAUUAUAAGAGAAGCGUAUGAAGAAACAGUAUUCGGAAGAACACCUUGGAGGAGUUGAAAUCCGUUCAUGAAGCUUGAAGUCUGAUUAGGCCUUUGAGAACAACCAGAAGCUUAGUGCAAGGAUUGAACUGUAUUUUUACUACCAUCUUAUUAGUCUGUUUAUUAGGGAAUGGCAGAGACCCCAGCUUUAGGUCUGUCUCUUGCUUUGUUGUACCCAACUGGUAUUUGGAAAGUCUGGAAUCAGGUGGUGAAGAAUACAUUGCUUUACACAUACUUCAUAAUAAUUUGGUGGUCCAAGUAGGGGAUCAUCUGGACUUUUUAUUUGCUGUAGGCUAAUUUGCCAUAACUCAAUAACAGGGCAGAGAUAUCAUUAAGUAUACUUUUUUAUUAAAAUAAAAUCUUAAAGUAAUAUUUACAUUAAGAUAUUUUAUUGGUAUCUAGAAUGCCAAAUAACAUAUUUCAUCUGGCUUAUUAACUGAAAUACCAAACUAUAGGAAAAAAGUCAAUCUUUAAUAUAUUAAGUCAACUUGCAAAAGGUAAACACGAUAGCAAGUAGGAAAAUGUUCCUGGGUUUUCAGAAAGGUGAUAUUUUAUACUAAAGGAAAGCUAGAUACCUAGUCCCAGUAAGAAAUUUUGGAAGUACCAGAAAAGAAAAAGCAGUGGUUUAAAAAUAAAGAUAAUCAGAAACGUGUUUUGUCAGAAUGACUCUUAUGGCUAAGUAGAUCAUAAAAAUGAAAACCAUACGUUUUUCUUAGGAUUUCUAUUUUCACAAAUUAUAAUGCCCUUUUCUUCUUUGGUUCUUAAUUUGGGUUGUGAGGGGUGGUCAUCGACCUUUUGAAAAAUGAGAGGUAUGUUCUACCCAGAAAAAAUAUUUUAGCAUAUAGUAUUAGAAUUUGUGCAUAUUUCAAUGAGUUAUUGGGCCUCCCUAAAGCACAUCCGUGAGUGCUAUAAACAUUCCUAUAUCCUGUGUUAAGAAAUUCUGCCAUAAUAGUUACAUUUCACCCAGACUAAAAAUUUUUUUAUAAAAUUUGUUAUAUUGCCCAAGUAUGUAAGUGAGAGGACUAAAUCUUUCUCAUGAAUGAAAGAAUAAUCUUUAUGAAAUCUGUUUAUGAAAGUUGUUACUUGUGAAUGAUGUUGGGUGUGAAGACAAAAUCUACCAAAAUACUGUGAAGUGGGACAAAAAAAUCAUUUUAUUUUGACAAGAUUAGUGAAUAAUGAACAUACUUUGGAGAAUGAUAAAAAUGUGAAAAAAAAAGUAUCCUUAAGAUUGUUACAAAAAUUUUAUCCUAAAAAGAUUUUUAUUAACUAUAGCUAAUUUUGAUUAAAGAUUUUAAAAAUAUGAAU